CUUCUCAAAAAUUCUUCAAAAUCCCUCUCAUUUUUUAAUCCCUUUUUUAGCAUUUUGAUUCAUUUUUUAAAGAAAAUUCUGUGUGUGUUUCUUGCAUGGCAGCUCAUCUUUUAGCUCAUGAGGUAGCUGACCUAUGCCUUGGGAAGCCACCUCUUAGGUCUCUUUCUGUUUCUGCAACAAUUGGUGAAGCUUUAGCUUCUCUCAAAUCUUGUGAAGAAAAUUGUAUAAGUGUUUGGGAUUGUGACCAUUUCAAGAAUGUUGAUUGCAUCUGUGUUGGGAAAAUUUGUAUGGUUGAUAUAAUAUGUUUUCUUUGUAAAAAAGAGAAUGUGAAUUCUCCAUCUUUGGCUCUCAAAUCACCUGUCACUGCUUUGUUACCUCAAGAUUCUGUUCUUGUUAGGCAUGUUCAACCAUCUACAAGCUUACUAGAAGCUAUUGAUCUCAUCCUACAAGGAGCUCAAAACCUUGUGGUUCCUAUAGAGACUAGAUUUAGUGGUAGCUCAAGAAGGAAAUUGCUGCAGAAAUCUUCAUCAACAAGGGGUUGUACUCUCCACAAUGGCCGCAAAUUCUGUUGGCUAACUCAAGAAGAUGUUAUUAGAUAUUUCCUUAGCUCAAUUGGUUUAUUUUCACCCCUUCCAACAGCUUCAAUCGACGCCCUUGGUAUCAUUAGCACGGAGUUUUUAUCCAUCGGGUAUCACUCGAGUGCAUCAUUGGCUACUGAGGCCAUUUCUCGAUCCCUCGUGGAUCAGACAUCCGUGGCAAUUGUAGAUGAGGAUGGUGCCUUGAUAGGGGAGAUCUCUCCUUUCACUCUCGCUUGUUGUGGUGAGACUGUGGCUGCAGCCAUCACGACCCUCACAGCCGGUGAACUCCUGGCCUACAUUGAUUGUGGAGGGCCACCGGAGGAUAUUGUGAGGGUCGUGAAGGAGAGAUUGAAGGAAAGGAAUCUUGAAGGAAUGUUGGAGGAAUUCGAGAUUGAUCCCUCGGAUAUCUCGUCUAACUCAUCGUUGUCCGAUGAGGAAUUGCCUUCCCCUACCUCCUCGAGGUCAUCAGGGGGAAGGUACAAUAAGUCUAGUAGCUAUUCCGCGAGGAUGGUUAGGAGGGCAGAGGCGAUAGUGUGUUAUCCGGGAAGCUCUCUCGUGGCCGUGAUGGUUCAAGCGAUCGCGCAUCGCGUAAACUAUGUGUGGGUGAUUGAAGAGGAUUGUAGUGUUGUGGGGAUUGUGACAUUUGCUAACAUGUUAGAAGUUUUUAGAGAUCAAUUGGAGUCAAUGAUGUUGGGACAUUUUGAUUAAUAGUUCUUCAUAAAUCUUUUAUGAUGAGGCAAGUAUGAUCUUGUGAAUAUGAGAAUGUACUUCUCUUUUUCUUUUUUUUUUGGCCACUUGU